AUGGUCCAUAAGCUUCACCAGACUGCCAAAGAGGUCCAGGACACAAAACAGGUCAUAUUCACUCAUUGUAUGAUCUGCAACAUUGAGUUGCUUACGAGAAAGGGUUUAUUCUUUGGAGAGGCCAUGUUCCGUGACCAGAUGAAACAAAGAUAUUCCAACACCAUGGACAGCAUCGUAAGAUUCAAAAACCAGGACUUCACCUCCUUGAGGGAUCACUGUUUAAGGAGCGGCAAACUAUUCAAAGAUGACAUGUUCCCGGCCAAUGACAGUGCCAUAGGGCAGAGACUCAUAAAUGAAAAAAAUAUUCCAAACAUUAAGUGGAGUAGACCAACGCCUUUAUCUGAGACCGGGUCCCCUCACUUUAUUCUGAAUGGUAUGAGCAAAUUUGAUAUGCAACAAGGAAGCGCAGGUGACUGCUGGUUUCUAGCAGCACUGGGCUCUUUAACCCACAAACCCCAACUUCUGGCCAAGAUUGUGCCAGCAGACCAAAGCUUCACACAAGGAUAUGCAGGGAUUUUCCAUUUUCAGUUUUGGCAAUGUGGACAGUGGAUAGAUGUGGUGGUAGAUGACCAGCUCCCUUUGAAAUUAGAAGUCUCAGAUGAAGAAUACCUGUUUGUUCAUCCUUGUAGUGGGAAUAAUGAAUUUUGGCCCUGUUUGCUUGAGAAGGCGUAUGCCAAGCUCCAUGGCUCCUACUCUCAGUUGCAUUAUGGCAUCAUGGCUGAUUCAUUGGUGGAAUUAACAGGAUGGGUAGUCACAAAAAUCAACCUUAAGGAAGUCCAUCCCAAUAUGUUCAAGAAUUUGAAAGUGGCUGAGCAAUCUGGCUCACUAAUGACAUGUGGAAUUGCAAACUUUUCAGAUUUGGGAAUAGUGAAGAAUCAUGCCUAUACAGUGACAGGAAGUGCAGAGGUAACUUUGGACACUGGCCGGGUAGAACUCAUCCGAUUGUGGAACCCCUGGGGCCAUACAGAAUGGAAAGGAAGUUGGAGUGAUAAAUCCUCAAACUGGCAGAAGGUCCAAGAAUCAGAGAGGACAAGGCUUUAUAAAAAUAAAGACGAUGGAGAGUUUUGGAUGUCCUUUCAAGAUUUCCAGGAGACAUUUGACAGCAUGUUUAUUUGCUAUCAAUAUCCAAUGGUAAUGAAUGAUGGAGACCUGAACAAUGGAACAUGGUUCCAAGCUCCAUACAAAGUACAAAAGGUCCAAGGAAACAUUCUGAAGGAUAGUAACUUUGAUACCCUCGGGGACACGCUUCAGUACUUUUUCUCUGUGACAGAGCCUAUGGAAGGCAUCAAUGUGGUCAUUUCCAUCAACAUCCAGCCUAACCAGAAUACCAAGAUAUUUCCAUUUUUUAUAGUAUACAAGUUCGAUGAUCUCCACAACCCAUUGAAUCCGAAGUAUUUUGAAUUCACAAGUGCUAUCCAGGGCAAGAAAGUUAUGUCCAAAUGGAAUUGCACAGAAAGUUUCCACCUGGUCCCUGGUACCUAUGUGGCAGUCCCCAAAGUUGAAAGAGAAUUGAAGUUCUUCCUUCGAAUCUUCCUGAAGUAUGAGAGUGUCAACAGCAAUCUAUAUGAAAAUUUCAAGUUCAUGAACUUCAGGGAGAAUCUUCCAGAAGUGCAGAAGCAUGAGAGCAUUUUCAACAGAUAUGCCCAACAGGACUCAGAUAUUGAUGCCUCACAGCUACAAAGCCUUCUCAAUAAAGAACUACUUAAAAGUAAGACUUCUGAAUUCCUAGGAAGAAAGUUCACCUUUGAUGAGUGCCGGAGCAUUUUGGCUCUGCUGGAUGUUAAGGUCAAUGGACGUCUUGACCUAGAAGAAUUUGGACAGCUGUGGAAGAAGAUCAUUCAGUGUCAGGACAUUUUCCGGAAAGUAGAGAAGAAUGGCUCUGGGUUCCUCAUGGGUUCAGAUCUGUGGAAAGUGAUACAAGAAUCAGAAUUAUUCCUAGGUACUUCUAUCAACAAUGAGUUGCUAGACCUCAUGGCCAUUAGGUAUGGAGAUGGAGCUGGAAAAAUAUAUUUCACAGAUAUGAUGUGUUUCUUCAUUCGGCUUGAAAUCAUGUCAAGGGCAUUUCAGAACCUCUCAAAGGAUGGAAGAGGACUCUACUUGACUGAAGCUGAGUGGAUCAAGUUCACCAUGUAUUGCUGA